UUGAUGACGGCAGUUUUGACAGCCAGGCGCGGAUUUUGUAAACAGAAGUAAGAGUGUUCCUGUGUCUAAGGUCCUCAUUUUUUUUAUUGCUAAUUGUUGAUAAUUGUUCGUGGGACAGGUAUAUAUUUCCUCUUUGCUCGCUGUUUUAUUUGUGAGAAGUGAAGUUAGUCAAGCUUUGGUUACCUUUUUUUGCUCUUUGUUGAAGUUCUUGGGAGCUGAUAAUAUGUAGCUCCCCGCAUCAGCUAGCAUGCUAACAAAGUGGGACGAGAACAGCGCUGAAGCUGUCCGUUGAACCGGCUGCUUCACGUGAGAGCGGGUAUGCUAGUAGCGUGUCUCCUCAGGAGAUCUGUGCUUUUAUCGGGACUACGGCGGCCGGGAGUCCAGCGGAGGUAUUUCUGUGCGGUGCAGAGUGUCCUCCAGGACACAGUGCAGCAGGAGGCAGACAUGAUCCGAAGCCGGGGGCAGAUCCGUCGGGUCCUCUGCGUGGCCGAGAAAAAUGAUGCUGCUAAGGGGAUCUCUGAAAUUAUGUCCAGCGGCAGGGCUAAUAGGAGGGAAGGAAUGUCGAAGUUUAAUAAAAUCUAUGAGUAUGAAUAUCAUCUCUUUGGGCAGAAUGUGACUGUCACAAUGACAUCAGUGUCAGGGCAUUUACUGGGUCUGGAGUUUAAAGCUCCAUUUCAGAAAUGGCACAGUUGCAAUCCGGUGCUGCUGUUUGAUGCAGAAGUAGAGAAAUAUUGUCCGGAUAAUAUGUUACAGAUUAAGCGAACGCUAGAGAAGGAGGUGAGGCAGUGCCAGGCCUUGGUCAUCUGGACUGAUUGUGAUAGAGAGGGAGAAAACAUUGGCUUCGAAAUCAUAGAUGUUUGCAAAGCAGUGAAGCCAAAUUUACAAGUCUUUCGAGCAAAGUUUUCUGAGAUCACGCCCAACUCAAUCCGAAGAGCCUGUGAGACUCUAACAGAGCCUGAUGCUAACGUCAGCGAUGCAGUUGAUGUCCGCCAGGAGCUGGACUUGCGUAUAGGUGCAUCUUUUACUCGAUUCCAGACACUUCGCCUGCAGAAGAUCUUCCCAGAGUCCCUGGCCAAUCAGCUGAUCUCAUACGGCAGCUGUCAGUUUCCCACUCUGGGUUUUGUGGUGGAGCGCUUCAAAGCCAUCCAGGCAUUCAUACCUGAGACUUUCUACAAGAUCAAAGUGAUCCACGAGGUGGAGGAGGACUGUGUGGACUUCAACUGGAAACGAAACCGCCUCUUCAAUCACACAGCUUGUCUAGUGCUCUACCAGAUCUGCAUGGAGGAUCCCAUAGCAACAGUCACCUCAGUAACCAGCAAACCUAAGAGUAAAUGGAGGCCACUGCCUUUGGACACUGUGGAACUGGAGAAACUGGCUUCACGGAAGCUCAGAAUAAGUGCCAAAGAGACCAUGAAAAUUGCAGAAAAGCUCUAUACUCAGGGGUUCAUCAGCUAUCCCCGCACAGAGACCAACAUUUUUCCACCAAACUUGGCUCUUACCCCGCUGGUGGAGCAGCAGACUCACAGCCCGGUGUGGGGGGCGUUCGCCCAGCGAGUGCUUGACCAGCCGGGGGGACCCAACCCAAGACAGGGCAAGAACUCUGACCAAGCCCACCCUCCCAUACAUCCCACUAAGUUCACUAACGCACUGCAGGGCAAUGAAGGACGUGUGUAUGAGUUCAUCGUUCGCCAUUUCUUAGCUUGUGUAUCCCAGGAUGCUUUGGGACAGGAGACUGUGGUUGAUAUAGAUAUCGCUCAGGAGAAGUUCUCCGCCUCAGGACUCAUGAUCAUUGCAAGGAACUACCUGGAUGUUUACCCCUAUGACAGGUGGAGCACAAAGGUGAUUCCAGUGUAUGAACAAGGCUCUCAGUUCCAGCCCUCUGCUAUUGAGAUGGUGGACGGACAGACGAGUCCUCCGCAGCUGCUCACUGAAGCUGACCUCAUAUCACUGAUGGAGAAGCACGGCAUUGGUACAGAUGCAACCCACGCUGAGCACAUUGAGACUAUAAAGAGUCGCAUGUAUGUGGGCUUGACAGCUGACCAGAGGUUUACACCUGGAGAGCUGGGCAUGGGGCUGGUGGAGGGUUAUAACUCCAUGGGCUAUGAGAUGUCAAAACCGAACCUGCGUGCCGAAUUGGAAGCAGACCUCAAGCUGGUAUCAGAAGGCCAAAAGGACAAACAGAGCGUGCUGCAGCAUCACAUCCAGAAAUACAAGACCGUCUUCAUUGAGUCUGUCAGGAAAGCAAAGAAGUUAGAUGAAGCGCUGUCUCCCUAUCUCGGUGCAGCUCACGAGAUCCCUGAAGCAGAGCAGCAGGACAUGGAGAUCCCGCUGCCGGUGAGGAAGUGCCCUAACUGUGGUCGGGACAUGGUGCUGAAGAAGAAGAGAGAGGGAAACGGUAAAUACCUGUCGUGUGUGGGCUUCCCAGCCUGUAAAACAGCGGUGUGGUUUCCCGACGUGGUGCUCGAGGUCAGCAGAGAUGAAAGCAUAUGUCCCACCUGUCAGCCACACCCCAUUCAUAUGUUGAAGUUCAAGUUCCGCAGGGGUAGCCUUCCUCCCAUGAUGCCUCUGGAGUUUGUCGGCUGCAUCGGUGGCUGUGACGAGACCCUCCGAGAAGUGCUGGACCUGAAAUAUCUCAGACCGGGGGGAGGUGGUGGUGGUGCAGGAGUUGGAGGAGGGGGUGGAAGAGGAGAUGACCCUCAUCCUCCACCUCCAAGGCCACCCAGACCUGAUCCGUCCAGAACCCGAGUCUCCAAUCCUCGCCCUUCUCUCCCACCUGUGCCCUCCUGGACCCCACAGCCGACGUCUCCACCAGGUGGCCGCAGUAUGAGUGUAAACGCCAGCAGUGACGCGAUUGUGUGCAACUGUGGUCAGGAUGCACUCCUCCUGACUGUGCGCAAAGACGGCCCUAAUCAAGGCCGGCAGUUCUAUAAGUGUAACGCCGGGAGCUGCAACUUCUUUCUUUGGGCAGAUCAACCGAGUCAGCAGGGGGCACCACAGUAUCGAGGGCCGCCACCGCCAGCAUUGAGGACUUCCCAGCCUCCAAGGCCAUCUCUGGGAUUCAGAAAUACAUCUGAAGGAAGCAGAGGGCAGGAAGCGGGUGCACCAGGACAUUUGGGACAGGUGAUGUGCAACUGCAACGAGGCAGCCGUGACGCGCACAGUGCAGAAGGACGGUCCAAACAAGGGUCGCAUGUUCCACACCUGUGGGAAGCCAAGAGAGCAGCAGUGUGGCUUCUUCCAGUGGGCUGAUGAGAACGUACCUCCACCAGGUGGUUUUGGUGGUGGAUUUUAUAGUGAUGGAGACGGCGGGAGGAAGGGAAGGAAGAUGAUGGGAGAUCCGAGUGCUAACAGACCCCCAGCUGCUAAGAAACCUCGCACCUGUGGCAUCUGCCACAUGCCGGGACACACCCGAGUCACCUGUCCUCAGCGAUGACCGCUGUCUGUGACUGAAGCCACCCCGUAACUGGGCAGAGUUAAUGAAGUCUGUGACUUCAGUUUUAAAUUUUAAACAACUUGGACUAUACAUAGAGUGGGGCGUCUGCAAAGCAACUGGGUCAACAGGAUAAGUGUGUGCAAAACAGAAAGUGUGUUGGCCAAACCAAUACCAAAAGUGCCCGACAGCAGCAUAAACUGCAGCUUUUCUUUUUGUUUUCACUCAGCACCGAUCCCUCAGCUGUACUCAGAUCAGCUCUAGAUGAGCGACUCUUCUGUGGGCCUUGCGAGGACAAAUAAGGUCAAGCUAAUAUUGAAGUGUAAAACAAACCAAUCAGAAUUGUACACGGACCAUUUAUGCUGGAGAGCAUACAUAAAUAAACUCUGAGACAAAUGCUGAAGUGCUGAACAAGUUUUAUUACUCGCGUUUGUAACCACAGCAACCUGAAAGCGCUUAGCAAGUAAUUGAAAAUUUGCUCACCUGGCCUUGGAUCAACCGAUCCUUCACUCUACUGUCUUUCUCUGCUUUUCACAAUAUCAAAGUCCUAAAUAAAUCUGUAGAUUUCUGACUCAGGAGCACCGCCAUCCCUGACAAAUAAACGUCAUUUUAAAAGACUGUGUAUGUGCAUGCUGUUCAAGACUAAUCAGCCAAAUGUAUUGAUUUCUGUUGCUGACAAUUUUCAUGUGUCGAUUUUUGAAGGUGGAAGAAAAAAGUGGGGGAAAAAUGUGUUUUUACACUGCAAACAGAAAGAAACCACGUUGGACUGGUCGUCUGAUGUUUGCACUGAUAAAAGUUAAUAAACUCAUUUUAACAUUU